AUGUAUACAUGGCCUAGUGGUUAUGGUGCUCGAGUUAAGUCGUAUCAUCCCUACAUAUGUUUGUUUUCUACAGUUGAUCAUCUAAAAAACGCGCAUGAAGCUUUUUUUACCAGUCUCUGUGACAGGAAAAAGAUCCACAACAAAUUACUUCAUUUUUUCCACAAACGUCCAUCCAUAGAAAAUCUGAAAAGGAAAGGAAUUCUGAAAGAUGAACCAGUGUUUGGCUACAGCCUUCAAAGUUUGUGUGAAAGGGAGAAAACCAAUAUUCCUAAGUUUGUUUUGAAAUGUAUCGCACAAAUAGAACUUUUUGAUCUGAACACUGAUGGACUAUAUCGAGUAAGUGGUAAUUUAGCACAAGUCCAGAAGCUCAGACUUCGUGUCGACCAAGAUGACUAUUCUGUCCUAGAAACAGUAGAUGACAUUCACAUCUUGACUGGUGCCUUAAAGCUUUUCUUCAGAGAAAUGAAGGAGCCUUUAAUUCCUGUUUCUUGUUUUCUCCAAAUCAUGGAUGUCCUUGGAAAGCAAACCAUGGAAAGAAAACUGACAUCCAUCAAAGAGAUAAUUCAUUCUUUACCUGAGUCGAAUUAUGAAACUUUAAAGUUCUUGCUUUGCCAUUUACUGAGAGUUGAAAAGUGCCGGGAAAGGAACCUGAUGGACAUACAAAACCUGGCUAUCGUAUUCGGGCCCACUCUGAUGAGCUCAGACUCAGACUUAGUCAACAUGGCAUUGGAUGUGUUACAUCAGAAUAGAGUACUUGAGUACUUGCUUCUGGAAUUUGAUCAGAUAUUUUCUGCUCGUCAUAUUUCUAGUAACCUGCUACCAUAAUACUACAAAACAUUUCAAGAAACAUUGUCCAUUUUUCUGCUUUUAUUUGGCAGACUUGUAGGGUAUAUAUACAAGUGAUUAGGGGUCUAACUUCUGAUAGAACCCACCUUGAAGAAAAGAAAAUACUUCAACAAUAACCCCUGGCAGCAAUGGUAAUGCUUUCGUGGAUCAUUCUUGAAAUACUGUUUGGACUUAUUGGAUGUCAAAAAAUGUUAUUUGUAAUACAACUUUCCGUAUCAUCGUCUUAUCAAAAUUCUAAGUGAUAUGCAAGUGGUUUUAUGUAAUUAAUUUUAGUAAUUCGUUUUUAUGUUCAAAUUAAAUAUUUAACUAUCUUUAUACAGUUGUGAUGAGCUAUAACAGAAAGAAACGUUUUUAUUAUUUAAUUGUUAAUUUUGAUGUCUAUUAAUUAUGAUAUUUCACUACGAAUAGGAAUAAUAAGUAAAAAAUGUGUUUGGUAAAGGCAACAUUAAAAAAGAUGUUGGUGAAGGCAACAUUAAAAAAGGUGUUCGUAAAGGCAACAAAUUAAAAAAGGUGUUUGGUGAAGGCAACAUUAAAAAAUGUUUGGUAAAGGCAACACGGUGUUUGGUAAAGGCAACAUUAAAAACGGUGUUUGGUAAAGGCAACAUUAAAAAAGGUGUUGGUAAAGGCAACAUUAAAAAAGGUGUUUGGUAAAGGCAACAUUAAAAAAGGUGUUGGUAAAGG